GGUAGGGUAGUGUGAUUGGUCUUUCAAUCAUGUCAACGGGGGCUUCUUACGCAUAUUGGAUCACAUACAUAAGAAGAAAGAGUUGAAUGAAGUUAUCUAAUUAAUAUCUAUGACUUUUUAAGCUAUUUUGGGAAUCGAAACAAACUGAAUUUUGAGGUGAAAAAUCAGCCUAUACCGAUGUUACGCGAAUUUUCAGAUCUCAUCUUCUCUCUGUUUUUCAGACAAGACUCGCUCGCAAAAACUAAGGAUUCAUUUACCUCACCAAAUUUUAAUUCAUUUUCUUCCAUUCUCUUGCUUUCCAUGAACUCCCUUCUUCUUCUUCUGUAAAAAAUAUCAUCAUAUUCAUUUUCAUAAUUAAGAGAUCAACCCUAAUGGGGACUGACCACGAGGUGAGAAAAGGAUACCUUAAAAAAAACAAGAAGAGACUUUCAUGGAAGUAUCCCUUCGAGUAUAUCAUUCAAGAGCAGAGAUUUGUUUGCCUUCUUGUCGGAAUCACCAUCGCCGGCGUCGGUUUUAAUGUUGUCCAAAUUCCGACGCACAAGGAGGAAUCCAUUGCAUCAGAUCAGGUCCAUCAUCGCAUCGGGUAUGAGUUGGAUCACGGAUCAUUAGGCCAUUUCAGUGCAGGUGGAAAGGUUCCGUUGGGAUUGAAAGGCAGGGGGCUGAGGAUUCUGGUGACAGGCGGCGCAGGCUUCGUCGGCAGCCAUUUGGUCGACCGGCUGAUAGAUCGCGGAGACAGUGUAAUUGUGGUCGAUAAUUUUUUUACAGGUCGAAAAGAGAACGUGCUGCAUCAUUCGGGUAAUCCGAGGUUUGAGCUCAUUCGCCACGAUGUUGUCGAGCCAAUUCUGCUCGAAGUUGAUCAGAUCUACCAUCUUGCUUGCCCGGCUUCUCCCGUGCAUUACAAGUUCAACCCCGUCAAGACAAUCAAGACGAAUGUGAUGGGGACAUUGAACAUGUUGGGCCUGGCUAAAAGGAUCGGGGCGCGGUUCUUGAUCACGAGCACAAGCGAAGUCUACGGCGAUCCCUUGCAGCAUCCGCAGUCCGAAAGUUAUUGGGGCAAUGUGAAUCCUAUAGGUGUCCGGAGCUGUUAUGACGAGGGGAAGCGAACAGCCGAGACGCUGUCCAUGGAUUACCACAGAGGGCUCAACGUCGAGGUGAGGAUUGCUCGGAUUUUCAACACGUAUGGUCCGCGGAUGUGCAUCGAUGAUGGGCGCGUCGUCAGCAAUUUCGUCGCUCAGGCGUUAAGGAAGGAGCCAUUGACCGUAUAUGGCGAUGGGAAGCAAACCAGAAGCUUUCAAUACGUUUCUGAUUUGGUAGAAGGACUGAUGCGGCUAAUGGAAGGCGACCACGUCGGCCCUUUCAACCUCGGGAACCCCGGCGAAUUCACCAUGCUAGAACUUGCAAAGGUCGUGCAAGAUGUGAUUGAUCCAAAUGCAAAAAUAGAGUUCAGGCCGAAUACGGAGGAUGAUCCUCACAAGAGGAAACCGGACAUUUCGAGGGCGAAACAGCUACUUGGAUGGCAGCCUAAAGUGUCUUUAAGGGAAGGGCUUCCAAACAUGGUCACCGACUUCAGACAGCGAAUUUUUGGCGAAGACAAGGACAUCGAGUAGAGUCUAUACACAAAUACUUUCACACACACAUAUAUAUAUAUAUCGCGCGCUCUUGCGGUAAUAAAAGAAGCAAUGCCGCAUCCGAAUUACUACAGAAUAACACCUGCAGAUCAGAUCAAAGCCUUUAGCUUCCUAACUUCAGUUGUUCCAUUAGAUAGUUAUGUUAUUGUUUUAUCAGAACAACCUUAAAUUCUAUCUUCUUGGAGACAUUUGAUGAA